GACCUUGGUUGCACGCGAUACGGGCCGUACCUUCCACAUAUCAUCAAGUCCUGCGCUAUCCUACCAAUAAUGGCGUUAGGGAGAUUUUGGGAGAUCAACACUCUUCUAGGAGUUGUUAUAAAACCACCAUGAGGAGCAAGGGAGAAUCUUCGUAGCAGUUACAGAACCAGACACCCGGUCUGGAGCCAGAUGAGCCAGGAAUGGAGAAGCUUGACGAAGUGCAGAUCCAUCCUGACUUUCCAGAUCGUAAAGCCCUGAUUGGAGCGCAGUUGCCUGCUCAUCUACGACAGAGACUGAUCCAGUUCUUGUCACAGCAUCAUGAUUGUUUUGCUUGGAGCUACGAAGAUAUGACUGGGAUAGACCCUGAUGUUGUGAUGCAUCAGCUCCAGGUUAAUCCUGAGUAUCCUCCUGUCAAGCAGAAGCGGAGGAAGUUUGCUCCUGAACGAAAUUUAGUGAUUAAUGAAGAAGUUCAGAAGCUGCUAGAUAAUGGGUCUGUAGUGGAGGUACAGUACCCUGAUUGGUUAGCCAACGUUGUGGUUGUAAAGAAAAAGAAUGGCAAGUGGAGAGUCUGUAUUGAUUUUACAGAUUUGAAUAAAGCUUGCCCAAAAGAUCCCUUUCCACUGCCGCACAUAGACAUGAUGGUUGAUGCAACAGCUGGUCAUGAGUUGUUGAGCUUUAUGGAUGCUUUUUCGGGGUAUAAUCAGAUUUUAAUGCAUCCGGGAGAUCAGGAGAAAACAGCUUUCAUUACCGAUAGAGGAAUUUAUUGCUAUAAGGUGAUGCCCUUCGGGUUGAAGAAUGCCGGAGCCACAUACCAGCGAUUAGUGAAUAAGAUGUUCUCGAAGUAUUUAGGGGACACCAUGGAAGUGUAUAUUGACGAUAUGCUGGUAAAAUCCUUAGCUGCCGAUCAACAUCUCGAGCACCUUCAGCAAGCUUUUGAUUUGCUGAUUAAGUAUAAUAUGAAGUUGAAUCCUGCCAAGUGUUCCUUUGGAGUGGCAUCUGGGAAAUUUCUUGGGUAUAUGGUCACGAAGCGAGGAAUUGAGGCUAAUCCCGAUCAGAUUCGAUCCAUACUUAACAUUCCCUCUCCGACUUGUGUCAAGGAUAUUCAGAGGCUCAACGGGAGAGUGGCGGCCCUUAGUCGUUUUAUUUCCAGAUCAUCCGACAAGUGUUGUCAUUUUUUCUCCACCUUAAGAAAGUCUGUUAACUACAAGUGGACGCCUGAGUGUGAAGACGCUUUAAACCAGUUAAAAGCCUACCUUACCUCCCUUCCACUACUGUCCAAGCCCAGCACUGGGGAGCAGCUGUACAUGUAUUUGGCUGUCUCUGAGGUAGCUGUAAGCGCGGUUUUGGUCAGAGAAGAAAAUAAGAAGCAGUUGCCAGUAUACUAUGUGAGUAAGAGUCUGCUAGAUGCGGAAACCCGGUAUAGUUUACUGGAAAAGCUAGCUUUAGCUUUGGUGGUUGCCGCCAGAAAACUGAGGCCGUACUUUCAAUGCCACUCGGUUGCUGUGGUGACAAAUUUCCCGUUGAGGAGCAUACUCCAUAGACCCGAGUUGUCGGGAAGGAUAAUCAAGUGGGCGGUGGAGCUUAGUGAAUACGAUAUUACAUAUCAACCGAGAACCGCAAUCAAGUCACAAGCCCUGGCUGAUUUCGUUGCUGACUUUGCUCCGUCAACACAGCUAGAGGCAGAUAAAGAGUUGCUUUGCAUGGUAGAUCAAGCCCCAAAGGUAUGGACCUUGUACGUUGAUGGAUCUAGUAACGUCAGAGGCAGUGGUCUGGGAAUUGUACUGAUCUCUCCAGAAGGGAGUAUAAUUCAACGGGCAGUCCGAUGCGGUUUCCACGCAACCAAUAACGAAGCAGAGUAUGAAGCCUUAGUUAUUGGUCUAAAGCUGGCCAAAGAACUGGGAGUCACAAGUUUGAAGGUUUACUCAGAUUCGCAAUUGAUAGUAAAUCAGUUUAUUGGUUCUUAUCAGGCCAAAGAUCCGAAGAUGACUUGUUAUCUGGAGCUAGUAAAGGAACUGCAACUGGCGUUCGUGGAGUUCUCCGUGACUCAGGUUCCACGAGCAGAGAAUUCGUAUGCGGAUGCACUGGCCCAUCUCGGGUCGUCAAUCCAAUCUAACCAGGAGCAGACGAUUCCUCUGGUACACCUGAAGUGGCCGUCAAUUAGCAAUCAGAAAGAAGUAGAGAAGCAGAAUGAUUGUGAGAUUCUUCCUGUUAGUUCAGACCAGACAUGGAUGACACCGUUUGUUCAAUACUUGGUUGAUGGUGUUCUGCCAGCAGAGAAGAAUGAGUCUAGACGUUUGGUCGCUAAAGCUGCGCGGUAUGCAGUACAUGAUGGGCAGCUAUAUAGAAGAUCUUAUUCAGGUCCUUUGUUGCGAUGUGUAAAUUCAGAACAAGCCCAGUAUGUGUUGGCAGAAUUGCAUGAAGGAGAGUGUGGUAAUCAUUCUGGAGGAAGGAGUUUAACUCAUCGAGCACUGACUACGGGGUAUUAUUGGCCGACUAUGAGAUCAGACGCAAUUGACUAUGUAAGGAGGUGCGAUAAAUGCCAGAGAUUUGCUCAGAUUCCACGCAUGCCACCAGAAAAACUUACUCCUAUCGUGGCACCUUGGCCCUUCAUGAAAUGGGGGAUGGAUAUAGUUGGUCCUUUGCCCAAGGCAUCCGGGCAACGGCAGUACUUUCUGGCCAUGACUGAUUAUUUCACCAAAUGGAUUGAGGCUGAGUCUUACUCACUGAUCAAAGACCUGGAUGUGAAGAAGUUCGUCUGGAAGAAUAUUAUAUGCAGGUUUGGAGUGCCUAAAGAGAUCGUGACGGAUAACGGCCCACAGUUUGCAAGUCAUAAGUUUCAGGAGUUCUGUGCGAAUUGGGGAAUCAAGGUAGAUUUUGCGACGCCAAGGCAUCCCCAAUGUAAUGGCCAAGCUGAAGCUUCCAAUAAAACUUUGAUCAGAACCCUGGAGAAGCGUCUGGAGAAAGCUAAAGGUGCUUGGGCUGAUGAAUUACCUGGAGUGUUGUGGUCUUACAGGACAACUUCACGAACGCCUACGGGGGAAACUCCUUUCUCUCUUGCAUUUGGCUCUGAGGCCGUCAUACCAGUUGAAGCUGGACUCCCAUCUGCUAGGUUUCAGUGGGCUAAUGAACAAAGGAAAUGGCAGGAGUUGAAUGAUCAGCUGGAUACUAUUGAUGAACUAAGAGAUCAGGCGUUCACGAGAACAGCUGCAUACCAUGAUAAAGUCUCAAAGUACUUCAACCAAAAUGUUCGAACUCGAGCAUUCCGAGAGGGAGAUUAUGUGCUCAGGAGAGUCUUUGAGAAUACCAGAGAGCUAAACGCUGGGAAGCUGGGUCCGAACUGGGAAGGCCCAUAUUUGAUCGACAGGGUACUAGGAAACGGCGCCUACAGACUACACAGGGAAAAUGGAGAAGCGAUCUUGCAUCCUUGGAACGCCGUUCAUCUAAAGUUGUACCAUUUCUAAACACGCAUGAUUUUUUGUCUUUAUAUUGCUAUAAUUGUAGUUUAAAUAUUUCUUUUAGUAUCUUUAUAUAUUUAAAUAUCUAUAGUUCAUUAUAUGUGUUAUUAUAUGAACUAAUUUAAGCUUCGGAGUGUCGAUGGGAGUCCCA